AGCUACCCCAGCUCGGCGGGGGAGCGGAAGGCUUCAAUUAUUCCGACUUGUGAGCGGGCCCCAGCACCAAAAAAAAGAAAGAAAGAAAGAAAGAAAGAAAGAAAGAAAGAAAGAAAGAAAGAAAGAAAGAAAGAAAGAGGAAAGGAAGAAAGAAAAAGAGGGAGAAAAGAAAAUAAAACAAAGAAAGAAAAAAGAAAAGAAAAAAGAAAGAAAAGGAAAAAAGACACCCCAAAAAAAGUGGAAACUUUUCCUCGCUGUCCAUUUCAUCAAGUCCUGAAAUAUCGAAAUGGAUUUAGAGAAAAAUUACCCGACUCCUCGGACCAUCAGGACAGGACAUGGAGGAGUGAAUCAGCUUGGGGGGGUUUUUGUGAAUGGACGGCCACUCCCAGAUGUAGUCCGCCAAAGGAUAGUGGAACUUGCCCAUCAAGGUGUCAGGCCCUGCGACAUCUCCAGGCAGCUUCGGGUCAGCCAUGGUUGUGUCAGCAAAAUUCUUGGCAGGUAUUAUGAGACAGGAAGCAUCAAGCCGGGGGUGAUUGGAGGAUCCAAACCAAAGGUUGCCACUCCCAAAGUGGUGGAAAAAAUCGCUGAGUACAAACGCCAAAACCCUACCAUGUUUGCCUGGGAGAUCAGGGACCGGCUGUUGGCAGAGCGAGUCUGUGACAAUGACACUGUGCCCAGCGUCAGCUCCAUCAACAGGAUCAUUCGGACAAAAGUACAGCAGCCCCCCAAUCAGCCGGUCCCAGCUUCCAGUCACAGCAUAGUGUCUACAGGCUCCGUGACGCAGGUGUCAUCGGUGAGCACCGACUCCGCGGGCUCCUCAUACUCCAUCAGUGGCAUCCUGGGCAUCACGUCCCCCAGUGCCGACACCAACAAACGCAAGAGGGAUGAAGGUAUUCAGGAGUCUCCAGUGCCGAAUGGCCACUCACUUCCGGGCCGGGACUUCCUCCGGAAGCAGAUGCGGGGAGACCUGUUCACACAGCAGCAGCUGGAGGUGCUGGACCGCGUGUUUGAGAGACAGCACUACUCUGACAUCUUCACCACCACGGAACCCAUCAAGCCAGAACAGACCACAGAGUAUUCAGCCAUGGCUUCACUGGCUGGAGGCCUGGAUGACAUGAAAGCCAACUUGACGAGCCCCACCCCCGCUGACAUCGGGAGCAGCGUUCCAGGCCCACAGUCCUACCCUAUUGUCACAGGCCGAGACUUGGCGAGCACAACCCUCCCGGGGUACCCUCCACACGUCCCCCCCGCUGGACAGGGCAGCUACUCUGCACCGACGCUGACAGGGAUGGUGCCUGGGAGUGAAUUUUCUGGAAGUCCCUACAGCCACCCUCAGUAUUCUUCCUACAAUGAUUCUUGGAGGUUCCCCAACCCAGGGCUGCUUGGCUCCCCAUACUAUUACAGCCCUGCAGCCCGAGGAGCGGCCCCACCGGCCGCAGCCACCGCCUAUGACCGUCACUGACCCUCAGAGCCACGGGUGCCAAGCACUUACAACACAUAUCAUUGCGGGAGGCAGCCUCCCAACCCCUGAGACAGACAGAGGGGCCCAACGACUCGUCUCCCACCCCCGCCCCACACUCCCCUGAAACGUCCUUCCUCCCCUUCGCCCUGCCUGGGAUCCAGGUAGGGUGGUUGGACCUCUCCAUCCUUGUCAUUUCAAGGGUCGCUUGAUGAGCUUCUCCAGAUGGUGACAGGGUCUCUGCUGAUCUAAAGACCACUGCAGCCAAGCCCAGCCUGCCAGUCCCCCUGACUGUCUGACCAUCUCUGCAUCUCAGCCCAGCAGGUCUGGAAAGGAGCUUUUAUUGUUUCACAGCACCCAUGUAAAUACCGUCUUGCUCCUCUGUGGGCCUGAGGGUCCGACAGAGCAGAUUAGCCAACCCACAGUGCAGCCCAGGACAUCUUUCACUUGUGCACAGAGCAUCCCUCGGCGCGGUGCCCUGUCAGGUAUCUCAAAGCUGUCUUUGAAACUGGCAGUGCCUACUUGAGGAUGCCUAGCUUCUAGCUCACUCUACUUCUCUGCUGUCUAGAAGGCUCACCGGUGGUCAUGGUGCAAGUCUCCUUUGAGGUUUCCCCUAAGAGGAAUACAUUUUGGGGAAAUUCCUCUUCUGGCUUCUUGUCUCUGUUUCCACAGAGCCACUGCAAUGUCGAGAGUCCUUCUCUUGAUCGGGGACUCCAAGAGAACUAUCUGGGACAUUCUUCAGCGGCCGUUCUAAAGUAAGAGUGCUGAGCCAUUGUAGCUCUGAAUGGCUGUCUGGAUCAAAAGAUCAUGUGACCCAGGCCAGGGGCAGGCUUGAGGCUCCCCUGGUCCUCCUGGCCCCACCCCCGGAAGCACCAAACUGAAUAUGAUUUCUGAGGCAUGUUCAGGCUCAGGUCACUUUGGGCAUCAGCCACAGACAUUUCACCCAUCAACUGUCCUUUGGGACCCCAAUUACUGGAUUCUGGGCAAGCCUGUCCCAGCCACAGAGACAGUGACUAACAGAAAGGACUUAUCCCUGCAUCGAGGACCAGCGGAUACUGGACCAGCAGCCAGAACCUGAGCUUCCUCUCACGUAGCCCUGCCCACCUUUGGGGAGCACAGCGUGUGACUGGGUAUGGAGGUUCUGGGGAUGGUGGUGGGUGCCUGACUCACACCAUGCAGGUCCCUCUGCUGCUACAGGAAGUGGAGAUGGAACUCGGGGUGGGAAAGGUACAGGAAGGGCGAGGGGAGGGACAGGCUAAGCAACGAAGAACUUGUGAGUGACUUGGGGGUGGGUUUGAGUCUGGGGUACCCAGUGACACAAUUUUCUCAUCUGGAACUCUAUUCUCUGCACAGUCCCUCUUGCCAACUCUGAAUAGCAGAGAAGAGCCCGGGUCUAAACUGAGGCUGGAUUAUAACAAUAAUGGAGAACGUGACCAUUUCACCUAACAGUGUCCCCUGGGAGCCUGCUGUAGCCAUACUGUGGGGCCUCAGACCCUUUACCUCUCUGAGACACUGCUGGGCUGACAGUAGGUUGAGUUCACGAUUUUUUCUUCCUCCCAGAGAGCAGAGGUGGUGACUGUCACCUAGGUCAGCCCUCACUUCUAAACAAGUAUGUGGGGAUCUUGUUAAUGUUCCAAUCAAGUGUAAAACAGGCAUGGCAAACAGAGGAGUCUUCAAAACCACAUAGUUUAGUCUCUGAGGGGACCUGAGGCCCAGCUUAUGGAAGCCCAGAACCAGACCGGGAGACCAAACAGACCUCCUUCCCACGUAUUCUGUGCCUCCAUACCCCCAAUUACGUCUCUGAAUAGUGAAGGCUCUGAGCAGUGACUGGAUUGGGACUUGGGCCCCUGCCUUCUGACAUGUGAUGCUCUCUGUCACUUUUAGCUUCCUGUCCCUUUCACCUGGGAGAGGAAGUAGCAGUGACAACAGCAGGAGGUACUGCUUUGUCGCAGAACUCCAGAUUAGGUUUCCAAACCAGUACAACUGCCAAGGUUCCCCGGUCACCAGGCCCAUGAGCUUGAAGCAGGCUGGAUACCUAGGGAACUUGCUAGGCAAAAGAAAGCAGCUAGAGCCUCAGGCCACCUCCAGGAGCUAAGUGACAUGCCUCCAGCCUCCACUUGUCAGCUAAGGUAGGAGAAGGCUCCGUCCUCAUCCCUUUGUCCCUGUCCCCUGCAUCCCUCUCUUCUAGGGGUGUUCUCUCUGUGCUUGUUUCAGUUUCAAACUGUUGGGAAGAAAGGAGCCUCCCUGAAUGUGGCUGCUCAGUUCCGCACACCUUCCUCAGCCAAGCCCACCCAGCCCCACAGUGGUCCCCAUCCCCCACCCCCCAGCCACCUGAUCUAGCCCCUGGAAGGAGCUGCGUCCUCCCUCUCUCACCUGAGGUGCUGCUGGUCCUCAGAUCAGAGACGGGGUUUCUUAGACAACACCAUGGUUCCUGGAAUGCCAGGUUAAAAGCACAAAAACCCAGAGGCUCAUGGCUGCUCACGCACACUCUGCUCUUGCCAGCUCGUGAGAUGCAGGGGCACGUGUGCGUCCUCAGGCUCACACACCUGCUCGCUCGCACGCUCACACCACAGACGCACAAUGCCAGAGAACAGAAUCCGGGGGCUUUAGCAGCUCUGAGCCGGGAGGCCCAGGCAUUCCUCACGGGCCUUCACUUCUUUCGUCCUGUUUGAACUUUGUGAUAAAAAGAUAUUUUCAUACUAUUUGUCUAGCUCCCGCCUGAGAACUUGUGUUAGAUAGCAAAUCCGCCAACCCUUUGCUAAGACACCUUCUCAGAGAUUGAGCCUUCCUAACCGACAUUGUAUAGUGCUUUGUAAUGCUUCACUCCCCCACGGGGCAAAGACCCUGACAUUUGGGGCUCACUGUGAAGACGAGGAUGAAAUGAAUUCUCAGCUCUCUGAGCCACAUUCUUUGCCCACAGGGUUAGCAUCCAUCACAGAGCAUAUGGCUUGAAGACACUCACUCUUCAGUCCUCCAGAAAUUCCCAGACAUGCAACAAGGAAAACAGAGCCCAGAAACUGGACCGGUAACAGGAAGGGUCUAGGGACCAGUGGCCUUGCUGGUCCCAUUAAUACUGAAACUUUCCUUCUUUAUGUAAAUUCAUGGAAUACUUAGUAUUUGUGUGGAGCCUUUCCCUGCUGUUCCCUAAGGCUCACAGGACAGUGUGUCCAAGCCGGAGGCACAGUCCCUGGCAGGGCCUAGACAUGAACCUGCUCUGACUCUCAAGAGUAUAACGCAGCAGUUCCAUAAGCCAUUCAUCCCUCUUUCUCUUUUCUCUGCCCUUUUUACUUUGGAAUGAACUGUGACAAGGUGCAGGAGAGCCUGUUCUAGAACCUUGGCUAUCCAUAAGCCAGAAAACAUAGACAGACAGACAGACAGACAGCUGAUUCAAAGCCAUGCUCUGGGCAGGGUACAAAGCAGCAGCGUAUGGUGUGGCCCAGGUAUCUAGAGUGUAACUGGCCCGUGAACUGGCACCUCAAUAGUGAGAACUUUUAAAACACUCUGUUGGCCAAAAGAAAGAGCUAUGUAUAGGCUGUCUCUGCCCAUCGUGGCCCUGUCAAAGCCUCCAUCCCUCUUCUCACUCUUUCAUGACCCUUGGAGAAGAUGUCAGGGAAGCAAGAGGUGUGUGAGCUGCUUGGACUUUGGAGGUGGCAGUGGGUGAAACAACGGAUGUCUUGGGUAUGGAGGGAGCUGUUGGUUUUCCAUGUAUAGAGCCCCAGAUGUGUCCACUGAGCAUCGAAGGGUGAAAUCCCUUUAUGAGGAGUCCGGCUCUAGAGUGGCCGCCCUGCCUUUGGCAGCCUUAGCUCUUUGUAGAUGACAUUUCAGCUAGAAUUUAACUCCACGCCAUGGGGAGCAAAUCUUAAAAACAAACCAAGCACUUCCAAACAAAUACUAGGAGCAAGUGACGUCUGACACACAGUCUCUCGGGAGUCCCCUGUGCAGGCCAGCCUAGGGUAGGCCGACCCCAUAGGUCUCCAAGUUAGACCAGCUCCAUGGUGGGCCUGGCCUUGUCACCGUCUGGAGUCUGCCUCUGAUGGUUUCCAGGCACACACUGGUGCACCUGGGUAAAUUUAUUCCUUCAGUGCUUUAGCCUCCAAGAGGGCCAAGGCACGUGCAUUUCUUAAAAGGAAACAAAAUACAUGACUGGAGACUUGGACAGUCAGGCCAUGACUCCCGCCUGCAGUCUGCCCUACCUCCCAGUGGCCCCUUGGCCCUUGUUGUCCCUGGACCUCAAGAUCCCAUUUUGCAUAUUCAUGAGGGAGCCACAGAAUAGAUCCACACUUCCCUGCUGUCAGCUCAGGCUGUUCCUGCAGUGGUACUGUGUCCCCAAGGACCAGCUGCAGAGCACAUAGUGAGUCCCUUGCACAGGGGCUUUCCUGACACAUCUCCAUCAGCUGCAUGCUGGGAGCAGACACUCAUCCUUCUCUCUGUCUUUGGUAAUUCCUCAGCACCACGGCCAGGUUCCUGGAUACUUCCAGGACCAAGAGAACUUAUAUCUGAUCACUGCCAUUCACGGGUUUCAGUCCUUAGGAACCCUAAGGUUCCUCUUAGUACAUCAGAUGACAUCAGUUGAACACAGCCACCUGGUGAUACCUCUAGAGCUUUCUGCCCACACCUUAGACUCCUGGGCAGCACCGAGCUGCUGUUUUUGUUCUCACUGUGCGAAUGCCCUGGCAUCUUGGUGGCAUCUUGAUGGAUCCAGCUCAGUCAGGACAGCUUUGAGCACAGAGCAUAGAGGAAGCCAGCAUGAAGGUUGGGGACUUAGCAGCUCUGUGCCUCUCACUGACUCUGAGGCCUGACUUCAGGAGACCAGCCUGUAGUCUCACCUGCUCCACCUGGGUUCACUCACCCGCUAAGGCUGCCGUACAUGGGAAUUUAGUCCCCCCAAACCACCAUGCAGAUGCCACACCCCUCGUCUUCUCCAAAAGCACCACUAAGAACAUGAUAGGUGUUUGAUUUAUAGACGGUGCGUUUCCCUUCGAGUGGAACAGAAAGGAACCCAUUUAAUGACCCCCCCUCGUUUGCAAGCACGAAUACAUUUUAAUGAAACUGUUUUAUUGUAUUUGAGGAAAUGGAGAGUUGAACAUUCCAACCAAUCAAUAGCCAAAAAAUGCUAUAAACAUAAAAAGAAAAUAAAUCCCAAGCCUAUUCUAAACAUCUUGCAAGACUCGGAGCCACAGAGUCAGGCCUUCCUCUCCAUUCCAUGUGCAGAGAUGCAUGGAAAGGGGAGUAUGUACACACACACACACACACACUCCUACACUCAUACACAGUCCCACACACACACACACACACACUCCUACACUCAUACACAGUCCCACACAUCCACACAUUGCUAUACUCACACACAGUCACAUGCUCAUGCACACACUUAUACACAGUCACACACUCACACACACUUAUACACACACUCUUACAGUCACACACAAUCACAUACCCACACUUAUACACAGUCACACACACUUAAACACAUAGUCACACACUCACACUUAUGCACACUGUCACACAUGUACACACACACACACUAGCACACUUUUACACACACAGUCACACUCACACACACUUAUAUACACACAUAGUCACACACUCCCCCGACACAAUCACAUAUACACUCACACACUUAUACAUACACUCACACACUCUGAUAUUAGGACAUGAAACUCAGAAGAACUGCUGAGUAUGCCAAUGCCAGCUCUUGCUGGCUUUCCUUGCCUUUAGUCCCAGAAGGUAAGCAACCCAGCAGCAGCCUGUCCAGGGGCUCAGAAAGGGAAAGAGCUGGCCCCCAGCCCUAAGCCACCAGCACAGUGUGAGUAGUGGGCAAUGGGGGUCCGAUGUUACCAGCAUGCUUCUCCUCUGCCUGGCUGCAGGGUCAACCCCCACUGUGUUCAGGAGGUAGAAUUUUGACCAGAGUGUGGCCCUGGCUCCUUCUGGACAAUGCUGCCCUGGUUUGUCACCCUCUAGUGGCCUUCAGACAUUGAGUAUUUGUAGAAAUGAAGAUUACAUUCCUAGGGAACUCUGCCAGGAAGACACAUGGGGUUUGCUCUUCAUUCUUUUAGAUGGUUAACCUUGUCCUAGGGACAGACCUUUCCAGCAUCAAAGAAAUACAUUUCUACUGAUCUACUGUAUCCGCCAAAGUUUGUGAUGCCUGCAUAGACGCUUGUUAAAAAAAAUACAGAAAAAAAACCAACAAAAAAUAAAUAAAACCACACAAUUGAAUUGCCUUUGAAAAUGGGAGACAAUGUGUCUCCAACAGAUUGAGAAACAAAAAGCUUCUUAAAAGUAUGUAUGUUUUAUAUUCUUUUUUUUUCUAGUAGAACUGACUUGAAAUAUUGGUGGCUUUUUUUUCUUAGUGAUGUGUGUUGCUUUUGUGUGUGAUAAUAUUUGAAUGUAAUUACAGCAGUGCCAAUUUGCCAAAGAUGUUGGACUAUUUUUCUUUUGUUGGGAGAUGGGAAGGGACUGAGGGUGGGACUUGGGAGGGACUGGGAUGGGAUACUGGUUUAAUUUUUUUUAAUUUUUUUUUCUUGUUGAAUCUGGGAUUUGUGGAUUUAUUUUAACUUAAAUGACUGCCACAUCUUUAUUUUAAAUUAGCAGGAGAAACAUGCAAUAAGACGCGUAGUUUCAAUAUAUAUGUCUUUUCAUGAGUGACUGUCCCUUGUGAAGAAUUGAUUUUAUGUAACCUUUAUGUGAGAUAAUUAUUUGUAAAUAUUUGCCAUAAUUUUAUUGGUUUCUAAAAUAAAAGUAAUUUUUUAAGUUCAGAAAAA